UGGACAAUGAAGUUAUGGGAUAGCCUGACCACUUGUUUGAUACUGCUGAGCGCUGUGCACGCCAGCCCUCUGCUCCGGGGCCCGCUGCAGUCCACGUCCACCAAGCGACAAGGGCGCGCCGCCGAGAGUCCCCUGGAGCUCCCGCCGGUUCAGAUCCGCCUGUCCGUCACUUCCCCGGGCAUCGGCCGCGCCGAGGCGGCCGCAGUGGACUGGGAAGAGACGCUGGCCGGAGCAGAAAAAUACACCAUGGAGGAGCCCCCCCUAAACGAGUUUGAAGAUGUGGUGGACUUCAUCAAAGUGACCAUCAGUAGAAUACGGCGCUCCUCCUCGUCCACCGUGUCCUCAUCUACCUCCUCCUCCACCACCUCCUCCCCGUCCAAAGCAAAUUUAAGCAGCAGGACUCGACGAAGGCCUGAGAGGAAGAAGGGGGCAAGCCAGCAGAGUGGUAAAGGAGGAAGAGGAGGAGCUAGAGGGGGGAAGACAGGGAGGAAGGUUAGGGGAGGAGGUGGUAUUGGACGAGGACAGGGCUGCGUGCUCAAACAGAUCCACCUCAAUGUUUCGGACCUCGGUCUGGGCUACCGCUCCAGCGAGGAAAUGAUAUUCAGGUACUGCUCUGGGCCCUGCAGGAAGUCCGAGACCAACUACGACAAAAUCCUUUACAACCUCGCUCACAACAGGAGGCUCCCUUCCAAAGACACGCCCCCUCAGGCUUGCUGUCGGCCAAUAGCGUUUGACGAUGACCUCUCGUUUUUGGACGACAACCUCGUCUACCACACCGUGAGGAAGCACUCUGCCAGGAAAUGUGGUUGUGUGUAGGGAGUGUGAGCUGCUGUCAGGUGCUGUGUAAUUUUACAUUCACUCCCACUUAAAAGCAUGAUGUUGAGUGUCUUUUCCUCUGAUUUUCUUCGCUGUGAGGAAACGUUCUGGCAUUAUAUGUGGCCGUAUAUGACCUGAGCCCAUUAGUAAACACGGAGGGGAGGUGGCAUCAAUACAGGUUUCACCCCAAAGCAAUGAUUCAGAAUGAUCCUCCUCUUCUCCUCCUUAGCUCAAUCACAAUAUCCACAAUUUCCUUGACACCUUACAUUGCUAAUGUGUUCAGUGUGAUUCUAAAUGUUUCCAUGGAUACACAACCUAAAGGACUGACACCAAUCACACACAACGGAUGGUUCAGCAGACUCAUUUUGUCUACUGUAUAGCACAUAUGUUACAUGGAAAAAGU